UCUGCCUGUCUGCCUCUGGCUGGUAGCAAGAGAGCAGCUACGACACCUGUAACCUCUGCUGUUUGUUGGAUAAAGCCGGCUUCAGCCACUGAGGUCAUUGUCACCCCAGCUGUGUGUGUAUGUGGGUGUGUGUGUGGGAGCUGGUGAGGUGUGCGAAUGUGUGUGUUGAGGGUGUUUUACAGUGAUGUACUGUACCUAUCAAGACCGUGAGGAGUUGGAGGAUGAUCUCUACCAUGAGGAUGACAGAGACUCUGAGGGGUCAGAGGCCAACAGCGAGCUGGAGUUCCGCCUCUAUAGCCAGCUCCACUACUCCUCUAAUGCUGGGGAGAUGGAGGAGCAGGAGGGCACAGGUGAGAAGGCGGAGGGCCAGGACAGCCGGCAGCCAGAAGUGACUGAGGAGACUGCAGACGCCAACGGAGAGCUGGAGCACACUGGAGAAAGUGGGCCACCGUCACCUAAUAUAAGCAAGCUACUACAACACCUGAAGAAGAAGAAGAAGAAGAAGGAAGGAGAGAAAAGUGAUAACCAGAAGAAGGGGAAACGUGAUCCUAAAGGUCAGAGGUCGUCAUCACUUUUUGAGGAGGUCAUCGUGAUUGACUCCGGCCCUGAUGUCAUCUCCAUCUCUGACGAUGACACUGCCGAUGAUGAAGGGGUCUGUGCCUUAAAGGGUCAAGGCUCACACCGGCUGCUGACUUCCACCCCAGCACAUCAGGCAGACCAGAAGAGGAAGAGCAGUCUCAGUGUGCCGGUGACUGUGGAUUCCAGCAGCUCAGAAUCGGAUUCGGAAGAGUCUGAAUCCAGAUCUGAGUGUGAGUCUGAUUCUUCGGAUUCUUCUGAUUCACCUGAUUCGGACUGUCUAGAGAACUGGAUGAUACUGGGUCCAGGGAACCAGGAAGGAGACCAAUCCAUCUCACUCAAUCUGGAAGGAGGGUCUGACAGCAAUGCAGAUGCUGAAGAAGAAGAAGAGAGGAGCUGGGUGGUUUCUGACAAAGACAGAGAGGCUCAGAUAUAUAACAAAGACAAGGGUGCCAGGAUAGUGGUCCCGCGGGUGUCAAACAGAUACUACACUGGCAAGAAUGUCCAGUGUAGAAACUGCAACAAGACCGGACAUCUCUCCAAGACCUGCCCCGAGCCCAAAAAGUUGUUGCCCUGCUUCCUUUGCGGCACCCCAGGCCACGUGGUCAGUGAAUGUCCCAAUAAGCACUGCAACAACUGUGGCCUGCCCGGUCACCUGUUUGGGUCUUGCAGCGAGAGAGCGUACUGGCACAAACAGUGUCAUCGCUGCAGCAUGACGGGACACUUCUUUGACGCUUGUCCACAGAUCUGGAGACAGUACCACAUUACAACUAAGACAGGGCCUCCUGUGAAGCAGCACAGACAGGACAACGGUCGAUCUCCUGCCUACUGCUACAACUGCUCCAGGAAAGGACACUUUGGCCAUGUGUGUACAAGGCAGAAGAUGUUCAAUGGGGUGUUUGCCAGCAUCCCGUUCAUCAACCACUACGACACUGUGGAGGACAUCAAGCGCAGACAGCACAGGUUGAAGCUGAAGGUUAAAGAACUGAAGAAAAACGGCUGUUUCCCCACCACCUCCCAGACCCCUGUCACUCCAGGACCACCAAAGAAGAAACAGAAAAUCAGCCAUCAUAAGAACAACCAUCAACCUAACCAAACACCUCACCACACCCCUAAGAACCACAAACCCAGUCCCAGCCAUAUCUUUUUUAGUGUCGAUGACUUUAGGAGCACAACACCCAAAACAAGUAAGUUCAAUAAGCACAAACAACAAGAAAGCACUGGCAGUGUGAAACAGUGGAAAGCCAAGAGACCAGUUCCCACCUCGAGAGGCCCGCUCCCACCAUCUAAACUAAUUUUGGAUGAGGCGGAUGACUUUCCUAGAGGAGGAGGCAAAGGAGAAAAAUUAGAGAAGAAGAGGAAGAAGAAUAGAAUGAAGAAAACAAUGGAACUACCACCAGAGGGACACAGAGGCAGCAGAUCACACCGUCCCUGUUGGACUGUAACUGGCGGGAUGCAGGGGUCAGAGUCUAGGCAAGAGAAUGGAGAGAAGAAGACGAGGAAGAGGAGAAAUCGAGACCGGAGGACUGCUGACAAAAAACUCUCUGCACCAAUGUACCCAACGGAUGAGAACCUGUUCAUCAUCAAACAGAGGAAACGCAACAGAUAGCAUCAGUAUGUGCGUCAGAGGCUGUCAGGGCUGUGAUCUUUUUGAACAGUGGUUAUUUGUUCAUGACAUUUCGUGACAUGACUCAGGUCUCACUGCAAACGACACCAGUUCCACUUUAGGGGUUCAUAGGCCUUUUUUCACAGAAGACAUUUUGACAUGUCACAGCCGGCAAAGCUUGGAUGUAAAUAAUAGCGUAAAUGACUGAAUUCAGUUUAAUGGCCUCAGUUUCAGGGUCCUGUUUAUUGUGCAUGCUGGCUCACUGUCAUGACUUACUGAGACACUCGAAUAGACUGGGGACAUUGUUAAAGGACAGGCUCACAAUUUUUCCAGGUGUCCAUAUGAACGUUGUUUAUACUGGCCAUUAAAACAUCCCUUUCUAAUGCUCUUUCAUCGUAAGGGAUGGAAGGGGCAGCUGAACAGGGAAUCGCUGGCCAGGAGAACAAAGGAGUGAAUUUUGUACUAUAAUGGCAGGAACUUUGGAAGAUAUCUGCUUGAUUUCUCCCACUCAAACUGCUGAAGCCUCAUAUUAACUUUAGAUAAACUUCUAAAAACAUUUCUGCACAAAAUAAGGACUGCAGAUUUUGUGCCCCAAAAAUAGUGAACCUAUCCUUUAAUGCUCUAAGUAAUAUCUGUGCCUUUCCUACUCUUUGACAAGUCAACAUUUGUGCUGUGAAAAAGGCCUUUUGUGUUUGACAUUGUACUCUGAACUGAGUUUCAGUUUCACCCUACAGCCCCUAUUCAAACUGAAGCAUUGAUUCAUGACUGGAGAUGGACAUUUUAGUACGUGAGUCAAGUUAAGAGUUCAUACAGCUAGUUCAUUAAUGAUUUUGUUAGACAACACGUCAUUUCAAUUGAGCAUUCUCAGUUAAACAGGAUGACUUUCAUUGCUAAUAGACAUAAAGAGACAGUGAAUAAAUUGCGUCAACCUACAGUGUUUACAAUAGAUUAUUCAUUAGAAGUAUGUAUGUAUAAGUGUGUUGUAGUCAUUGUCAUCAUCUUUAUUCACAUAAAUUUCAGACCACUGAAUUAAAACCAGACUCGCUCUUUGAAGUACAGUAAGAGAAUUUCCUAGUGCCUCUGCUCUGAACGUAAUUUUCAAGUUGUUGCUGCUGUUGGAACCAAAGGAUGAUGAAUUUUUAAAACUACUCUUGGGAAUAGUGUCCUUUUUUCAUUUAGAACUGAAGGGAUGCCUUUUUUCUAUAACACUCAUUCAUUUGUAAAUUAUCAAAAUAUAUUAACAUACUGUAAAUAUGUUUAUUACAUAUGUUUGAUUUGCAAAUCUGAAGAAAGUCACUUCACCAGUUCUUGUGUGGUGUGGAUAAGAUUCAUCACAGACAUGCAGCCCUGACAAUUUUAACCAUCCAGUAUUUGAAUUGAGUUAUUUAUCUAAUUUGUUGUGGUUGUAACACGAUGAAACCUUAACAUACAAUGGAAGAGUGUAAGACGGGACUGUGAUAACAUGAAUACUACAUAAUACAUGAUAUUGAUAUUGUUGAGACUGGGGGAAAAUAAAACUUGAAUCUUUAUUUUUAGUUUUAUGAUUCAGGAAGUGAAAUCAGCUGCAUCAGUUGUUGGCAUUUGUUUAGUUGACAACUUUUAGUUUUUCAGUGAUAAUUCACAUUGCAUUUAUGUUGAUGAUACAUUAAAAUCCUGUGUUCCAA